AUGGGGCUCUCAUUAAUAGCACACAUUCCAACCUCUCACCCAAAAGCUGCUGAAUUGGGCUCUCCAGGGGAGGGUCCUGAGUUAAUGUACUAUUUAACAAGCACCACAGGUGAAUCUUAUGAUGGGGAAAAUUUGGCACAUACUUGGAGGGAAGGCACGAAAAUGAGUGAUUGUUAGUGGUCAACUUCUUCAAUGGGAAUUAACCCAUUAUGUUAUAUGGAAUUGGGGAGAGGGAACAAAAGCCAGGAUAAGCAGGUUUCUGGGAUUAGAGACAGUGAGAAGAUUUAGAUUCCAAGCAGAGGCAUGGUAGCAAUAGUUACUCCUUUUCUCUGAAGCAUAUUUUCCAAAAAGUGACAACUUUUCUGCAAAUGUGAAGGUAAUUUCCUACCAUGAUUGUUAAGACUGUGAUGGGAAGGCCGUAGAGGAUGCAGUGUGGAAGCAAGGUUCAGAGACUGAUGUGUCACUCCACUUUCCCAGGCCCCACCCCCAGUUUCGCUUCUCUACCAAUAUUGUGCCUUUUCUCCAAAGUAGGAGGUCUUGCCUUGGAAAGGACAGAUUUGAUCCCAGCCCCAAAAUCGGGGUUCUGGGAGACUAAGGGGCAGCACAAAAGCCCUGAGCAGGAGGCAUGGAGAGGAGGACCACUGUGAGAACUGGUAAAGGUGGUCAUGGCCAUGCCAGAAAGGAAAGGUCCAAGUUCAGUGCUGUGAACCUUUCUGGCUGCCUUCCAUGGAGGAGGCUGGAAUGACCUUUGUCCUGAGGUGACACUCUUCCUUGUUACUGAUUAACCAGCUUUGCAGGAAGGCUACUUCACCAACAACCUGAUCUGCCUGGAGAGCAAUAUCUGGCUGGGCUUAGGUGGCCAGGAAAAAUGUCCACUCGCUACCACCAAGCUGCUAGUGAUAGCUACUUAGAACUUUUGAAAGAGGCUACCAAGAGAGAUCUGAAUCUUUCUGAUGAAGAUGGCAUGACUCCCACACUCCUGGCAGCUUACCAUGGGAAUUUGGAAGCCCUAGAAAUAAUCUGCAGCAGAGGAGGGGACCCUAAUAGAUGUGACAUCUGGGGAAAUACUCCCUUGCAUUAUGCAGCCUCCAAUGGUCAUACCCACUGUGUUUCAUUCCUGGUCAACUUUGGUGCCAACAUCUUUGCCCUGGACAACAACUUACAGUCUCCACUGGAUGCUGCUGCUAGCAGAGAGCAGAAUGAAUGUGUUGCUCUCCUGGAUAAGGCUGCCACUGCCCAGAACAUCAUGAGCCCCAAGAAAGUUACCAGGCUGAAGGAGCAGGCUCAGAAGAAUGCCAGGAGGCAGAUCAAAGAGUGCGAGAGGCUCCAAGAGAAGCACCAACAUAAGAUGGCUCGCACCUAUAGCAAGGAGGAAUCUGGGACUCUUUCUUCUUCCAAGGCUACUUUCUCCAGGUCAUCCCUUUCAAAUGCUUCUGCUUCUGGUACAUUUGGGUCAGCAACUAAGGGCCUUAAAGACACCUUCAAGAUAAAGUUCAAGAAGAACAAAGAUACAGAAGAGCUGGUAGGGAAGGAGAGCAGAAGUGGGCAGAGGAAUGUGAUGGAAGUGUUCAGAGAAGAGGAGGAAGACACAUUCUCCCAGGACUUCAAAGAGAAGCUCCAUUUCUCAACAAAGGAGGACGGAGGUGUGCAGCACGAGUCCAUUCUUAACCGUCCGGGUCUAGGCAAUAUUGUUUUUAGAAGGAACAGAAUAUUAAGUCCCGAAGACCUCUCAGACAGCAAGAGGGUGUUGGGAUUUCAGAUGCACAGUGAAUUGCUUCAGAGACAAGGAGCAGCAGAGGCUGAGGAAGCUGAGGCUAACAAAGAGGGAGUGGAAAACAGCCAUGAAGAUGAUUUGCCUUGGGAUGAGGAUGAAGUGGAGUGGGAGGAAGAUGUGGUUGAUGCUACUCCUCUGGAAGUAUUUUUGCAGUCCCACCACCUGGAAGAAUUCCUUCCCAUUUUCAUGAGAGAGCAGAUUGAUCUAGAAGCUCUGUUACUUUGCUCUGAUGAGGAUCUUCAGAGUAUACAAAUGCAGCUUGGUCCCAGGAAGAAAGUUCUUAAUGCUAUAAAUGGAAGGAAGCAGGUGCUACAACAGCCUGGGCAACUGAUUGACACCAGCCUCUGAUGGACUAUUGGGUCCACAGGGUGAACCUGCAGCAAUGGGGCAAUGCUAUGGCCCACUGGAAACCCUCCAGGCAACACCCUCUGUAUGCCCAAUGCCAGGCCACUGGGAAUAGUUCCUAGGGUUUUUGAAAUGCGCUCCUAAGAAAGAGGCCCAGACUGUAGUCUGAGAAAUAUUCUGUACCUGUCCAAAAAAACCACCAGUGACCAACUCAAAGAGAUCUGGGAAUACAAGAAUGCAAUUUUCUCUCCAAUUAUCUUUUUGAUAUUUUUGAAUAUAGAAAGGGUUAAAUGAAUGGCAGACAAGGGAAAAUCUCUUUAAUUUUCCAAGUCUGAACUUAAAAAUUAUAAUCUCUUGUCACACAAGCGUGCUGCUUACUUUCUCAUCCUUAGAGCCUGGGGAUUCCAACUCCAGUUCUGUCCUGAGCUCUAUGACUUUGUCUGUUGGAAGAGAUUUGAGUUCUUCCGUUGGCCUGAGGCUUCAUGUCCAACUUAAAUGUGUUUAACCCCUCAACAGAUGUUUACAUGUUUAUAAGUAAUGGAAAUGGGUUUAUAAUAUUCCGGCCUGGGAACAGAGGCAGAGCAGCAUGUAGGGAGAGGGAAGAAAGAAAUAGAAUACCAGGUACCUGAUGUAAUAUGAAUCAUAUCUCCCUAAAAUUUGUAUGUUGAAGCUUUAUGCCUCAACAUAACUGUAUUUGGAGAUCAGACCAUUAGGGAGGUGAUUAAAGUUAAAUGAUGUCAUAAGGGACACAGAUGGAUGGUGUCCUUAUAAGAAGAGACACUCAGGGUUGCACACACACACACAGAAGAGGCCACAUGGGGACACAGCAAGAAAACAGUCAUCUGCAAGCCAAAGACAGAUGCUUCAGGAGAAACCAAACCUUCCAUUACUUUGAUCUUGCACUUCCAGUCUUCAGAGCUGUAAGAAAAUAAAUUUCUGUUGUUUAAACCACCCAGUCUGUGGUAUUUUGUUAUGGCAGUCUUAGCAGACCAAGA